AAGAAGGUCACGUUCCACUUCCCAACGCAGCCUCUAAUUUAAAAAAAAAUAGUUUUUUUUUUAAAGAAAGGAGGAGUUGCGAUCUGAUACAUCCAAGCUUUAUAUAUUAGAGUUUCACUGAUACUGUUUGCUCCCAGCUCCUUUUUUGUUCCCCAGUCCUGGUCCCUGUCUCUUUCUCGCCAUGGCUAAUACAAACAUGGUUUGCUCCAUGUGCGGCGAUGUCGGCUUCGCCGAUAAGCUCUUCCUCUGCAUACGCUGCAACUACCGGUUCCAGCACUCGUACUGCACCAACUACUACGAGGAGGCGGCUCUGGCCUCCCCCGCCGUCUGCGACUGGUGCAUAUGCGAAAGCAGGAGCGCAAGUGAAGCCAAGCGCGUCUCCUCCCUUCUCUACUCGAAGAAGCCAACGGCGGCCGGCAGAGAUCACUCUACUGGUAGCAGCGGCUCCGGCGCCGGCGACAGCAAGCUCAAGCAAAGCAGUGAGCAGGAACAAAUCCGCGGCCGCAGCAAGUCCGGCGCCACCGCUGCUUCUUCCAAACCUACUGCCCGCCGGUACAAACUACUCAAGGAUGUUUUGUGCUGAUCAUACAAGUAAUAGGGCUUUGCUUAAUUAUGAUAUAUGUAUAUAUAAAUGUAGUCUCUGUCUGUAAUUAAUGAUAUAGACGAUGUGCUAAUUUGCUACA